AUGAGCGAUAAUAACAACGCCACUAAUAGCUCCAGUAGCUUUAACGAUGAAGAUCUUAAACAAAAAAUUGCAGCCCUUUCUGGAAAAAUCAACAGUGUGAAAAGCAAUAUGGCUGCAGCCAAAGAGAAAAAGAUUAGUAGUACAACAACAACAACACCUUAUGUUCAGCCAUAUCCUGCUAUAAAUUCUUACUCAGCUCCUUACUAUUCUUCAAAUUAUCGGUCUACCAUCCCCACUAGAGGUUACAAUAAUCGGGUUCAUAAACACGCUUCACGAUAUAGUACCGGUCGUCCCCACACUUUUCAAAAUAAAACUUACUAUCCUCCACAGCCACCGCAAAAACCUUUAGAACUGAAAGAACCAUCACAAACACCAUCUCCCUCACUUUCAAAUACAGUAUCACCUUUGCCAGUUCCUUCUCCAACACCCUCACCAACCCCACCUGUAAAUGUUGUCGGUUCUCAAAACGUAGUACUCCUUAACGGAUCUCAAUACAUUUCGAAAAAUGGAACUCUCAUUCGAGUGAAAAACCCUGUCCAGCAAAAACAGUUGGCUGACGCCAUUUCAUCUACAGCUAGUACAAAAUCUUUGAAUCAGAGUACCAAUAAUUCUCCAUCAGCUUAUAUUAAAACAAAGUCUGGAUCUCUGGUUCGUGUUGGGGGCACCACCAACAAGACCGUAAAUAAUAUACCUAAUAAAGGUCACGCAAAAGUUAACGAUAAAGACAUUUUACUUAACCCUAGAGUCAUGGCACAUUGUCCUCAGUUUACCCUGACUGGAAAAUGCACUAAAGGAGGACGAUGUCCUUACGCUCGACACGACAGGAAUCAUCUUGCUUUGUGUAAACAAUUUUUGAUGCAAAAUGGAAAGUGUAAUAAAGGCUCUCGAUGUUCUUUAAGUCAUAAUCCAACUGACCACAACCUACCCACUUGCACAUAUUAUCUUGACGGCAGAUGUAGUUGUUCAUGUGGACGAGGUCAUAAGGAAGAUUCCCCUCCAUUAAAUACCAAUAAAAGGCCAACAGAAUGCAAGUUUGCACACCCUCCUAAACUGGCGCCGGGAACUCCUGAAAACAAAGCACGAAAAUUGUGCAGAGAGUUUGCCUAUACUGGGUAUUGCACUUUGGGCUCUCAAAAGUGUCCCUAUGUACACUCAUAUCAAUGUCCCGAUUUCUCAGAAACCGGGUCAUGCAAUGUUCGUAACUGCAAGCUGAUGCAUGUCAAUGAAGGUGAUACACGAGAGUACAAAAAAGAAGAACCAUCUAAACCAGAACAAAAAGAGCCUGAAAAGAUCAACUCAUUAGCACUUGCUCAAAGUCUUUUUGAAGAUAGUGAUGAUGAAGAAAAUAUAACGACAGUACACUCGAGAAAUGCCGAAAAGGAUGAUAGCGACAAUAGUGACGACAAUGAUAAUGAAAGUGAUGACGAAGAAACUCGUGAAUUUUUAGAAUUUUGGAAAAAUAGCUCUGCAAAAACUAACGCUAACGAUAACGAAUUUAAGGAUAGCGACUACAUUAAGCUUUGA